CAGCACUGAACUUGGUUGCAAUUUUAUUUGCAACCGGCUUGUAAAAUGUCUUCGCCUGCGCCACCAAAAUCACCAGAACUAUCAGACAAAAGCAAGAAAUAUGAUAGACAAAUCAGACUUUGGGGCGAGCAUGGACAGACAUUGCUGGAGGCGGCAACAAUUUGUGUGGUCAAUGUGACGGCUGUGGGCUGCGAGGCGGCAAAGGGACUCGUACUUCCUGGCAUUGGAGGCUUCACUGUAGCCGAUGGCAGCACAGUUAAGGAGGAGGACCUGGGCAACAACUUCUUUUUAGAUAGCAGCUAUCUGGGCAAAUCCAAAGCUCUGGCCUGUAAGCAACUGCUGCAGGAGCUCAAUCCGGAUGUGAAUGGAGAUUAUGUGGAUGAGAGCGUUGAUUACAUAUUGGCAAAUCGUGCAAAUUUCUUUGAUAGCUUCGAUUUGGUUAUCGCCUCGAAUCUCAAUGAGCAGUCAUUGCUGCUGCUCUCCAAUCGACUGUGGGAAUCCAAUGUGCCCUUCGUCUAUUGCCGUUCCUUGGGCAUGAUUGGCUCCAUUCGGCUGCAAUUGAAGGAACAUUGCAUUGUAGAGGCUCAUCCGGAUAAUCGUCAGUUUGAUUUGCGUUUGGAGCAACCCUUUGAGGCAUUGCGAGAGCAUUUAGAAUCCACAGAGGUGACCAACAAGGUGCCUUGGCUGCUGGUGCUCUACAAAUACCUAAAAGUCUGGCAGCAAGAGCAGAAAACUGAAAGACAGGCGCCUGGCAAUUACAAAGAGAAAUCAACCCUAAGAGAAGCUAUCAGAGCGGGCAUGCAAUCGGAUGAGGAGAACCACGAGGAGGCCAUCAAGGCGGUAAACACCGCAUUUGGCGCUGGAAUGGUGCCAAGUUCUCUUAAGGCCAUCUUCGAGGAUGAUGCCUGUGAGCAGCUCCACAAAAAGAGUGAUAUUUUCUGGAUUAUGGCCAAGGCGCUGAAGCAUUUUGUGGUGGAGGAGAACAAGGGUUAUUUGCCACUGCCUGGCGUACUGCCCGAUAUGACGGCCAACACGGACUCGUACAUUGCACUGCAACAUAUCUAUCGACAGCAGGCGUUGCAAGAUGCCGAUCAGGUGUAUCACAAGUGCCAGGAUUACCUCAAGCAACUGUCACUGCCGGCGGACAGCAUUGACGAGCGCACUGUACGUCUGUUGUGCCGUGAAUCAGCCGGAUUGGCCAUAAUACGUGGCACACGUAUUGCCGAUGAGUACGAGAAGAGCUGCCGACUGCUGCCCUUGGUGGAGGACAACGAACUACAGGGUACUCUAACCGCCUACAACUUUGCCCUGCGCGCCUAUGAGCGUUUCCUGAGCGAGUGUGGCAGCAUACCCGGCGAGUGUGCCGUCGAACAGGAUAUUGGACGGCUCAAGAGCAUUGCCAGCAAAAUGCUCAACGAUUUGGGCUUACAUGUGAGCAUCAGUGAUGAUGUGCUCCAUGAGAUCUGUCGCUAUGGAGGCGCUGAGCUGCAUGCAGUCUCUGCUUUCAUUGGAGGUUGUGCUGCCCAGGAGGUUAUCAAGAUCAUUACCAAACAAUACAAGCCAAUUGAUAAUACGUUUAUCUAUAAUGCUAUUAGCACUGAAAGUGUUACUUUAAAGUUGUAAACCAGUUUGCUAUUAAAUAAUUGUUUGAUUAUUAAAUCCAUUAAAGAAAACUCUUGUGAUUUCUAUGUAAUGGCAAUUGAUUAAAAGGACAAGUGAUAUCAUUGUGUCGAUUUAUUUAUUAA